UCCCUCUCUCAUUGCGCUCUUGACCGUUGCCCAGCAUGACAUCAAAUAUCCUUCAGAUCCCCUUUCGACGCUCUCACACCGUUUCAUUGGCAGAUGCGAUCACCCAGUAUAUUUCGACCAAGUAUGACCAGCGUCCAGAUAUGUUCGCAGAUGAUCUAUUGAUCAUAGAUCGCCUGCGGAAUGAAGCGAUUCACGUCCAGGAGCCGCAUAUUAGUGGGAUCAGUCGGUUGGUCACAUAUGCCGCGCAGUUGAAAUGGCUUGGUGGAAAGUUUCCGGUCGAUAUUGGAGUCGAGUUUCCAUGGUACCCUGCGUUUGGUUUCAAUACCUCAAGACCGAUCUCGCAGAACAAUAUUCGAUUUGAACUUGCGAAUAUCCUCUUUAACCUGGUAGCACUGUAUUCACAAUUAGCCUUCUCGGUGAACCGUACAACACCAGAUGGUCUCAAACAGGCAUGCAACUACUUCUGCCAGGCCGCUGGAGUCUUGGCACAUCUCCGAACGGAUAUCCUUCCCGACCUUCGUACCUCUCCCCCGGAGGAUAUGGAUGAUAUGACACUACAGAGCCUGGAACAACUUCUUCUCGCGCAGGGACAAGAGUGCUUCUGGCAGAAGGCCGUCAAGGAUGGGCUGAAAGAUGCUUCCAUUGCUCGGCUGGCGGCCAAGGUCUCCGAUUUCUACGCAGAAGGAGGUGACUAUGCGGUCCAAUCGAAUGCUAUUAGUCCUGAAUGGAUACAUCAUAUGACAGCCAAACAUCAUCAUUUUGCUGCCGCUGCGCAGUAUCGCCAGUCCUUAGACUGUUUGGAGAAGCGAAAGUAUGGUGAAGAGGUGGCUCGUCUUCGAGACAGCGAGGUGUGUGUCAACGAGGCCCUGAAGGAAUCACGUUGGAUCAACCGCACUGUGCUAGGGGACUUGCAGGGACUAAAGAACCGUGUGACGGAGGACCUAAAGCGUGCCGAGAAAGACAACGAUGUAAUAUAUCUCAACCCAGUCCCGCCAAAGUCAGAACUGAAGAUCAUCGAUCGCGCAUGUAUGGUUGCAGCGAAGGCGCCAUCUCAGGUGACCGAUGCUAUCUCCAUGUUGGGAGACAACGGACCUUUAGGGCAGCCGCUAUUUUCUAAGCUGGUGCCAUAUGCCGUCCAUAUCGCUGCCAGUAUUUACUCUGAUCGCCGAGAUCGGCUUGUCAACGAGACAAUAAUCGGGGAGCUGGAGACUAUGACGGACAAAUUACGGGAUUUAUUGUCAUCUCUGAAUCUUCCGGGCUCCUUGCAGGCUCUGGAAAAGCCUCUUGGAUUACCGCCUACGUUGGUUUCCCAUGCGGAAGAAAUGCGCCAGCAAGAUGGUUUGAACCGGUUACGGAGGUCACUCGAGGAUACCGCUAGGGUGAAGGCCAAUGACAAAGCUGCAUACCAUGAGGGUGUUGAACUACUCGCCGCAGAAAAGGCAGAGGAUGACUCUUCGCGCCGCAAAUACGGAACUGACAGGUGGGCCAGAGAGUCAUCCGAAGCAGCGGCAUCGAAGCUGUACACCACUUCUCGAGAGAUAGACGGCUACUUUUCCUCCGCUCAGAGUAGCGAUAAUUUGGUAGAGCAAAAGCUGAGAGACUCGGAGGCGGUCUUCCGAGUUUUGACCGGUACUAAUCGAGAUUUGGAGAUGUACGUCCCUAGCAGCCGGAGGGCGGCAAUUCCGCCAGAGGUCGAACGGGAAUCUAUUCGGCUACGGGGUUGCUUGAGCGAAGUAAGUCGGCUGGAGAUCCGACGGAAACGCCGAGCGCAGGCUUUGAAGGACAAAGCCAAAUCGGACGACAUCAGCAAAGCCCUUCUCAAGGAAGCUGCCCGCUUGGAGCGAGAGUUCCCCAUGCAGGCGAUCCAGGCGAGCCAGUUCGAAGAUUUGUUCGAGGAGCAGCUGCAUCUGUACGAUACAGAUCUGGAGAUGGUGACCCAGGAGCAGCACGAGCAAGACCAGAUUUCUGCGCAGGUGCGGGAGGCUAACCGUGCAUUUACUCGGGCGCACACGGGCGAUGCUUCGACCAAGGAGCGGGAGAAGGCCUUGCAAGAGCUGGAAAAUGGCUAUCUGAAAUAUAAGGAAAUCAUCUCAAACAUCGAGGUGGGACGGAAAUUCUACAAUGAUCUGGCCAAGAUUGUAGGUCGAUUUCGGGAUGACUGCAAAGCAUUUGUGCAUCAGCGGAGGAUGGAGGCAAGCCAAAUAGAAGGGGAGAUCACCAGCGUUGCGGCGAUGGCCUCACUCAAUCUCUCUCAACCACAUUUACGCCAGUAUAGCGCCCAACCCGCCCAACCCGCCCAGCCUGUCCAGCCGGUUCAGCAACCGGCUCAAAUUCCACCGCAACCGCAACCUCAACCGGUCCAGCACCAACCACCAAGGGAUGAGCCACUAACUGCACCCCAACCAACAAGAGCCAACACAAGACCUUCGAUGGCUCCCGGCGUGUGGUCACCCGAUAUGGGGAUUCGAUUCGGAACACAAGGGACCUGGGAUCCGAGCAAGGGAGUGAAGUUUUCCUAAUAUAUAUUGCAUUACUCACAAUUAUAGAGUCGUG